UGUGACAGUUGGUGUUCAAACUGUUGAAUAAAAGGAGAUAUAAGGGAAUAGCAGGCAGAACCAGGACUGAGGAGGACGAGAUCAGCCGUGUUUCUGUGGACCUGAAGAGAGCUCAGCAGGGAGAAAAGAUGGCGACACUGAAAAAGAUCCUCUUCAGAACUUUAGAAGAUUUGGGGAAAGAGGACUUUGAAGAAUUCAAGUGGCACCUUCAGCAGAAGGUCCUAGGAUUUGAAGGAAUCCCAAAGAGUCGACUAGAGGAUGCAUGUCGGACGCAAACUGUGGACAUCAUGUUUCAGAACUACGGCAUUGACACUAUUAAAGUGACCAGAAACAUUUUGAAGGAUAUGAAUCAGAAUCUUCUGGAGGAGAAAUUAUCAAAAAUCCCAUCAGAACCGACAGGUGGAGGCUCUGCUAUGGAUCAGUGUGAGGACAGAGAGGAGGGAGCCCCCCCCUCUCUGUGUGGGGAACAUGACAGCCAGACCAAAGCUCAGAGACCAGAGGACACACCACAUUCUGCUGGACCUGGACCUGGACCUGGACCUGGACCUGGACCUGGACCUGGACCUGGACCUGGACCUGGACCUGGACCUGAAGCUGAAGCUGGACCUGAAGCUGGACCUGAACCUGGACCUGAACCUGGACCUGAACCUGGACCUGAACCUGGACCUGGAUCUGGAGGAGAAAACAUGGCGACACUGAAAAAGAAGGAGACAGAGAUUCUCACUCAGUGCCAAAGGACGUUCAAAUUAAACCUGAAGAAAAAAAUUGAGAAAAUCAUAGAAACGGGUAAUUCAAGACCUCUAAAUGAAAUCUACACGGAGAUCUACAUCACCAUGGGAGAAACUGCAGCUGAAGAGCAUGAGGUCAGACAGAUUGAAACAGCAUCCAGGAAACCAGACAGACCAGAAACAACCAUCAGACAAGAAGACCUCUUUAAAGCCUCACCUGGAAGAGAUGCACCAAUCAGAGUGAUGACAAAGGGCGUGGCUGGCAUCGGGAAAACAGUCUUAACACAGAAGUUCACUCUGGACUGGGCUGAAGGCAAAGCCAACCAGGACAUCCAGUUCACAUUUCCAUUACCUUUCAGAGAUCUGAAUAGGCUGAAGAAAAAUUACAGCUUGGUGGAACUUGUUCAUCACUUCUUCUCUGAAACCAGAGACGCAGGAAUCUGCAGGUUUGAUCAGUUCUCGGUUGUGUUCAUCUUCGACGGUCUGGAUGAGUGGCGACUUCCUCUAGACUUCCACAACACUGACAUCCUGACUGAUGUCACAGAGUCCACCUCAGUGGAUGUGCUGCUGACAAACCUCAUCAGGGGGAAGCUGCUUCCCUCCGCUCGCAUCUGGAUAACCACACGACCUGCAGCAGCCAAUCAGAUCCCUGAGUGUGUGGACAUGGUGACAGAGGUCAGAGGGUUCACUGACCCACAGAAGGAGGAGUACUUCAGGAAGAGAUUCAGAGAUCAGGAGCAGGCCGGCACCAUCAUCUCCCACAUCAAGACCUCACGAAGCCUCCACAUCAUGUGCCACAUCCCAGUCUUCUGCUGGAUCUCUGCUUCAGUUCUGGAGAAAGUGUUGAAAACCAGAGAGGGGGGAAAGCUGCCCAAGACCCUGACUAAGAUGUACAUCCACUUCCUGGUGAUUCAGUCCAAAGUGAAGAACGUCAAGUAUGAUGGAAAAAGUAAGAGAGAUCACCACUGGAGUCCAGAGACCAGGAAGAUGAUCAAGGCUCUGGGAAAACUGGCCUUUGAGCAGCUGCAGAAAGGCAACCUGAUCUUCUAUGAGUCCGACCUGGCAGAGUGUGACAUCGAUAUCAGAGCAGCCUCAUUGUACUCAGGAGUGUUCACAGAGGUCUUUAGAGAGGAGAGUGGACUGUACGAGGACACGGUGUUCUGCUUCGUCCAUCUGAGCGUUCAGGAGUUUCUGGCUGCUCUUCAUGUCCAUCUGACCUUCAUCAACUCUGGAGUCAACCUGCUGGCAGAAGAACCAACAACCUCCUGCCUGCCUAAAGUGUUCAGAGACAAGCCUCAACUUAUACAUCUCUACCGGAGUGCUGUGGACCAGGCCUUACAGAGUCCAAACGGACACCUGGACUUGUUCCUUCGCUUCCUCCUGGGUCUUUCAAUGCAGACCAAUCAGAAACUCCUACAUGGCCUGCUGACAGAAACAGGAAGUAGCUCAGAGAUCAACCAGAAAACAGUUGAGUACAUCAAGAAGAAGAUAAGAAAGAACCCGUCCCCGGAGAGAAGCAUCAACCUGUUCCACUGUCUGAAUGAACUGAAUGAUAGUUCUCUAGAGGAGCAGAUCCAACAGUACCUGAGUUCAGGAAGUCUCUCCACAGAUAAACUGUCUCCUGCUCAGUGGUCAGCUCUGGUCUUCAUCUUACUGUCAUCAGGAAAAGAUCUGGAAGAGUUUGACCUGAAGAAAUACUCUGCUUCAGAGAAGGCUCUUCAGAGGCUGCUGCCAGUGGUCAAAGCCUCCAGGAAAGCUCUGCUGAGUGGCUGUAAGCUGUCAGAGAGAAGCUGUGAAGCUCUGUCCUCAGUCCUCAGCUCCCAGUCCUCUAGUCUGAGAGAGCUGGACCUGAGUAACAACGACCUGCAGGAUUCAGGAGUGAAGCUGCUGUCUGCUGGACUGAAGAGUCCACACUGUGAACUGGAGACUCUCAGUCUCUCAGGCUGUAUGGUCACAGAGGAAGGCUGUGUUUCUCUGGCUUCAGCUCUGAGCUCCAACCCCUCCCAUCUGAGAGAGCUGGACCUGAGUAACAACGACCUGCAGGAUUCAGGAGUGAAGCGGCUGUCUGCUGGACUGGAGAGUCCACACUGUGAACUGGAGACUCUCAGUCUCUCAGGCUGUAUGGUCACAGAGGAAGGCUGUGUUUCUCUGGCUUCAGCUCUGAGCUCCAACCCCUCCCAUCUGAGAGAGCUGGACCUGAGUAACAACGACCUGCAGGAUUCAGGAGUGAAGCGGCUGUCUGCUGGACUGGAGAGUCCACACUGUGAACUGGAGACUCUCAGUCUCUCAGGCUGUAUGGUCACAGAGGAAGGCUGUGUUUCUCUGGCUUCAGCUCUGAGCUCCAACCCCUCCCAUCUGAGAGAGCUGGACCUGAGUAACAACGACCUGCAGGAUUCAGGAGUGAAGCGGCUGUCUGCUGGACUGGAGAGUCCACACUGUGAACUGGAGACUCUCAGUCUCUCAGGCUGUAUGGUCACAGAGGAAGGCUGUGUUUCUCUGGCUUCAGCUCUGAGCUCCAACCCCUCCCAUCUGAGAGAGCUGGACCUGAGCUACAAUCAUCCAGGAGACUCAGGAGAGAAGCUGCUGUCUGCUGGACGUAAGGAUCCACUCUGGAGACUGGAGACACUCAGGUAUGGACAGACAGACUGA